AUUUUCACAAAGAUAUGUGUAUAUAAUCGUAUAUAUGCAAAAUCCAAUUAAUAUAUCAAAGCGAAAUUGAUGGCGUAAAACACCAGUAUGAUGUACAUUAGUAGGUGUCCCGUGAGUCGCGUUCUCAAUUAAAAUUUAUCCGUUAUCCAUUGAUAUACACAUAAUUGUGCCAAUGGCACAAUUAUUUCAUCAAAUGCUCGAUACUAUAACGUGUUUGCUAACUAUGAUGAAGGAAUCGCGUUUGCUUUAUGUAAUGCAAUUUUAGCAAGUCAGGUUGAAGAAUUAAAUCGUAAUCGAUGUAGCAUCAAUGCAAUAAUACUACGUGUAUUAAGCGAUAUCUAGUAGAGAUCUUCACUUUAUAAAUAGCUACAAUCAUGUGCGCUUACAUGCAUUUACAGCAAUGGAAUUUUUAAAAUAACAUUUUCUAAAAUGUUUUAUAUUACUUAUUUAUUUUCCGUGAUUUAUUAUUAAAAGUAUUAUUUCUACUAAACAGAGAUAAUUAAUAGUUUCCAUAACUGUACUAAUUACACAAGACUAGUGUCAAUGCUUAAUGAAUGCGUUGAGGUAUAAUUAUGUUGCACUUUAAUAAAAAAGUAGUUGCUGUUGCGAUUGAAAAUUAGAAAAACAUCUUAUCCGUGUUAAUAAUACUCAGUAAGUUAUACAACGGAUUAACGAGACCUCAUUCAUUUUACCUUGUGAUUGCCUUUGUUUUGAGUAUGAUUGUAUGGUCGGUUAAGAAAUUGCGCGCUAAUGAGCACUUUCUUUCUACCGUUAUUCACUUCUUACUGCAAAUUAACAGCGACUCAGCAAAUUAAGCAUGACGCAAACACAAUCUUCCAAGCAUUGUCCUAUGGGAAGUCAUUUUGAACGGACAGGGUAUUUCCGUGGGAAUUGACGAUUCUCGAAACCGAUCGAUGGUCUUGAUAUUGAUUAUUACAGAAGACGUCGAAGGUGACGCACACACACACACAAAUAACUUAUAUUUGCAUAUCUCAGACGUUACACGUCUGUUAUAUAAACCCGAAUUUUACUUUGAAGAAAUAUUGUCGUGGAAGUUGUGUAAAGAAGCACGCGAAAUAAGACGAAUAAUGUUGAAAUCCGCAAUCAUAAUUACAAUUCUGGCUUUCGCCGAUUUUCAGGCGAAAGUAAAUGCAGCCGCAACAUUAACGAAUGAAAAUUUAAAAGAUCAGUUGUCGUUCACGAUAUUAGAAGCAAAAAAUCGUGCAUUCGACCAGGUACAAAGUAUUAAAGUGUUAGCUUCUGUUAAUUUCGAUAACUUUAUUGUACGUACAAAUGAAAUGGUGCAAAAGUCCUCAAAUGAUAUGAAAAUAUUGAGAGAAGAAUUUAACGAAGCAAACGAUACCUCUUGCAACAAAGCGCAGGCUGAUAUAGAUGAUGCUGCUUUAAAAACUAUUGCACAUUAUCAGACGUGUGUAGAAAAAGUGACUUAUUAUGCUGAAGCAGACCUGAAUUCUUUAGCCUUUGACGGAAGCCUCUUAACGAAGGAAAUUGAAUACGCUAAGAAUGUCGAUGAGGAAUUGUAUCGUAAAGUUACUGAUUUGGACGCAAGAUCUUUCCAAUUCGGCAAAUAUCUGCAAAGAUUGGAAAAAUGUGAUACUCAAUCAAAUUUGCCACGACUUAAGCGACAAAUUUCCGAAGCUUUGACCAGUUACAAACAGUGUCUUCAGAAUAAAUAA